GCAGCAGUACCCUGCGCACGCGCGGCGGCUCAGAAGUCAUACAGCUGGCGGACGAGUACGCGGCCGAGUUCCUCAUGCACCUGGACGAGUUCACGGCGCGCGUGGAGGGCGGCUUCCGACGCCGGCUGGGCCGCUGCGGCCCGCUCAGCACGGCCUACAACGCCACGUCCGUCACCCUCUGCAGCAACGUCGUCUACCCGUUCAACGGCUACUGGGCGUCCCUGGGCUGGUGCGUGCUGCUCUUCAUCCCCUGCGUGAUGGUCAGCCUCUGCCUGACUUCGCUCUACCGCAAGACGGAGCCCUACUCGGAGGCCUUCGUCGACAAUGUGCGUGAUCAGCGCGGCGCCAAACGCGGCGCGGCCGCGGCCGGCGGCGGCGAGCGGCGGCGCGGCAACAUGUACGAGAACAGCCGUUACCAUGGCUACAGCCCCGACUCGCCGCCGUACACAGCCAUUCCGCCGCGCGGCCAGCAGUUCCGGCCGCUCGGUGCCAGCGCAGACACCGAGGACACGGAGCCCAAGGCGCCGCCACUGUGGGACCUGAACGGGGGGCCGCCAGGAUACACGGACAACCCCAGCGCCGCCAGCUAUGACCGGCCGCCGCCCUACUUCUACCCUGGACCCGGACCUGAACGUUCCUGAGUCACGAAUGAGCUCGGAGCCACCACCGCCGCUGUCAGUGGUCCCAUCUAGGCUCGGCCGUCGGAACUGCAACUUCCCGCCGGUGACGCGUCGAGCGUGGGGCGCGCGCAGCUUCGAGGCGUGAUGGACUCGCGGGAGGUGACCGCCGCGCGCGGACGACUAUGACCUCGCCGGCCGCGACUUUGACCCCGCGAGCUGCUGGCCGCCGGAGCGACGGCCGCCCUCGGCCGAGCUCUUGCCCGGUUGUGAUACCUGCGAUCUGACAUUGCCGCCGCGCUGACCGGAUUGGAGCGAAGCCGUCGCAUCCCUCUCGGCCGGCGGCGGUGUUUUAGCGGCGCCCGCGCGCGCGCAGACGGACGGGCUGCCGCCGCUGUUGCUGCACGUGCGCCGGCCAAACGUUUGACCUGGGGCGGGCGGUGGCGGCGCGACUGGACCCGCGACGCUGGCCGAGCCGGCCCGGCCCACCGCCAGCCCUGCUCCGGCCGGCCGCGCGGUCUCCACCCACCAGUCUGUGUGUUUUGUAGAGCUCGUUUAUGCGCGACGCCGGGCGCGGCGCAGCCUCGGCGUCGCGCGCAUCCACUCAUCCGCUUUAGGCGAUUUUAGCGGCCUCGUGUUUUGUUUUACGGCGCGUCUGCCGGCAAAUGUUUAUGUGUGGCGGGCGCGCCCGCCGGUGACCGCGCACCGCGAACCUCCGACCCCGCCCCUCCCCCCAGUCUGAUCACAUCCAGAGCCCAGCGAUCAAUACAAAUACAAGUGCCUGUUCACGCUCCAGCGCACCAGCAGCGGUUCACCGCACGUUCCGCCGCCCCGGCCUCCCCCUGUCCGGCGGGUGUCCCCGCGGCGGCGGGUCGGCACGAGUGGACGCGCUCGACGGGGGUGUGCCCAGCGUGCUGAGGUACACACACGCGCGCGCGCACGCCGCGGGUCGCAUCCGCCCAGCAGUCCACUCAUUUUGUUUAUAUAUCUACAUGUGUGCGUGUACAGAGCGACCGCGUACUACCCAGUGGAGAAGUGAACAUGUUUUAUGUCAUGUCAAUAAACCAUGCGUGUUGUA